UCCCCGCACUGCUUAUCCCGCAUCGCUUUGUACAUCGCACCCAGCGCAUCGCACAUCCCGGACCCUCAUCAUCAUGGAGAUGGAGAAGAUGCUGAACGACUUCAGUCCCAGCCGCCCCCAGGGGCCCCUCAUGCGGCCCUCCAGCCUGCUGCCCUGCGGCCUUCCCAAAAAAACCUGUCAUUGUGAAAUACAUACAAGUGAAAUCCUCAGCGACACGCCAAAGCGCGGCGCCAUCACCUACCCGGUCCUGACCUCCAGCUUGAUCCGCACCUCUUCCUCCGACUCGUCCGACUCCGGUUUGUGUUUGGAUGAUGUCAGCCCCGUCACUGCCGAAAUCUUCGAGAAGACUAUUUUUGAAAGCCGAAUCCCAAACAAUGACUUCAAACUGCCUCUGAGAAGAAGACAGUCACUGCCGGUAACACUUCUUGGGGGCAGCCCAGCCCUGAGAAAACUUUCCAGCACCUCAGACCUGGAUUUUGCCAGCCCCCUUGAAAGCAGCCCUGCCACCCCGGACAACAAGGAGAAUGAAGUUUUUCUGUUCAAGAGGCCAUUUGUAUGUGCAACGUACCAGUUCCCCCGUCGCAGGGAUGAAACCUUCAAGUCGCGCCCAAAUUCUGCCCCGACUCUCAUGUUUUCUCCGGAAAGGAGCGAGUGUCAGGUAGACGACGAGAGCCCCGUCCGCCUGCGCAAGUCCUCCCUGACCUUCUCUCUGAAUGGCGACGAUGACGACGGCUUCAUGGACAUUAUCGAUGACGAGGAUGGGAAGCCAAACCUGCCGACCGGCAUGGAGUACCUGCUGACCGCACCGCUGAAGCAAGACGAUGCUGAUUUGGUGAUCAGGAGCAAAUGUCGCCGCCUCUUCCGCUCGCCCUCUAUGCCCAGCACGGUGAUCCGACCCAUCCUGAAACGCCUGGACCGGCCAGAUGACGAGGAGACGCCGGUGAAAUCUAAGCGGCACAAAAACCUGAGCUCGGCCUGUGCCGGUGACGAGGAGCUGGUGAUGGAGGAGCCGAAAAUGAAACUGGGUCGGUCCAAGUCUCUGUGCCUUACGACGGUUGAACAGAUCCUGGACAGUGACCAGAGGGACUUGAUUGGCGAUUCCUCUAAGACAUACCUGUUGAAGACGGUAGCGGGUAGACACCAGGACCUGAAGUAUAUCACUCCAGAAAUGAUGGAGGAUGUGCUGAGCGGGAAGUUCAGGGAUCGCAUUGAGCGCUGCGUCAUUGUAGAUUGCCGAUACCCGUACGAAUAUGAGGGUGGUCACAUCAAGGGGGCGGUAAAUCUCCCGCUGGAGAAGGAUGUGGAGGAAUUCCUCCUGAACAGGCCAAUCGUCCCGAGCAGCGAAGACAAAAGGGUCAUCAUUAUCUUCCACUGUGAAUUCUCCUCGGAGCGGGGGCCACGCAUGUGCCGCUUUAUUAGAAAACAGGACAGGAACAGCAACGAGUACCCGAAACUUCAUUACCCGGAAUUGUACAUACUGAAGGGGGGCUACAAGGAGUUCUUCCCCAGCUAUCAGACGCACUGCGAGCCUCAGGCUUACCGCCCCAUGGACCACAAGGACUUCAAAGAACACCUGAAGCUUUUCCGCAGCAAGAGCAGGACUUGGGCCGGCGACAAGAGCAAGCGGGAAAUGUACAACCGUCUUAAGAACCUAUAGCGACCCACCAACCAAGGUCACGGACUUCAGACAGAGCAGGUCCCUAUGUUUCCACCAACACAACACGCAGGUGUCUCCACAGAUGGAGCGAUGGCCGGGCUGGCCAGGAUCAUAAGAUGGUCAGCAAGGAAUUCUGGGUCAUCAAGUGCGGA